ACGAAGAUCAGUGUACGGUGCAUUUAACAUUCAGUGAUGGUGCGUGAAAUUGUGAAGGAGUGAAAAAUUGCAUCUAUUUCUUUGUGAGCUUAUGAACGAUACGCGCAUUUGCAGUAGUGUUUGUUUGUGGGUGAAUUAAAGAACGAGCAGCUCCCCCUCCUGGCGGACGGUGUACAAUAUGGCCUGCUGGCAGCAACUGCUUCUGUUGCUUCUUGUCGCACUGGUCGUGGCAGAGGAAUCGAACCAACCGGAAAACCUGCCCGACCGGCAGGAUGCGUCCGCCGUGUCUGCUGAACCUCUACCCGUGCCCGCCGCCCUGCACCGCCAGAAGCGCCACGAGGUCGAAAUACAUCGCGUGAUCAAACGGCGCCCCAAAUUACCACCGCCGCCACCACCGCGCGGUCGCAAACCGCGGCCACCGCGUCGGCCAGCCUCUAAGCCGCGCGGCAAGUACGGCCCCCCGAACGUGAACUAUCCGCCCCUGUCUCACUACGUGCCGCAGUCGAUCGACGAUCCGUACAGCUCCGGAUUCGAAGCAUCGUUCGGCGACCAUCACGGCUCGUUCGGGGAGCCACCGAUUCACCCCUCGCCCACGUUCGGGUCGCCCCCGUUUGCGUAUGGCCAGACGAUCACCAACUACGAAGGAUCGUCCUACGGUAAGCCCAGCUACGAAGGAUCGUCGUUCGGCAAACCCAGCUACGAAGGAUCGUCUUUCGGCAAGCCCAGCUACGAAGGAUCGUCUUUCGGCAAGCACAGCGGUGGCUACCAGGGCGGCUCGGUCCCAUCGUUCGGUAAACCGAGCUUCGAGCUAUCGCCGAACUUUGACGGUGGCUUUUCCAAGCCCAGCUUCGGCAGCGGGCUGUCUAGCACGUUCGAGUCGAAGGUACCGCCCUCGUUCCUGGACUCAUCCAGCGGGUUCGAUGGGUUCCCUGGGGCCGGCAAACAUUCGCCCGCUUUCACCGGCAGCUACUCUCACAGCUUUUCGCACACCGGCAUCAAACAGCCCUCGUUUGCUGAUUCGACUGCAAUCAACACGUACACCACACCGUCGGGGAAAGGGAACUACUACACCGACACGUCCUCCUCCUCCUCCUCCUCCUCGUUCGGCGAUGUAGGGUCUAAGCAUCAGCUACCGCUGGAAAAGUACCGCAAAGAUCCGUACAAAACACCGAUCACCUCGUACGAGGUGCCCUCGAACCCGAAAUCGAACCUAUUCGAACCCUCGGGUGAUUUCGAAACGUCCUACAAGCGUUCGCCGCACAACGGUGGCGUCAGUUCGACACACUCCACCUCGCACAGCUCGGUCGGCACGAGCGAGGAAGAGUACAUACCCAGCCUGCCAACGCGCUACGAUCAGGAGCAGUUCCACACGCCCACCAAGACCAACCCGAACAAACCACCGCACAGUACGCUGCAAACCAUCAGCGGGACGGAUGAUCAUUUCAACUCGUUCACCUCCUACUACGACGGUGGCUCGGAAUCGCAGCGGAUUCCGGUUAAAAGCAACCAGCAACCAGCCCCGUACGAUGCGUCCGACGAGCAGCAGUUCCCAACCGGACCGGGCAGUUCCGGAGGCAAGCGCUUCAAGGGCCGCCGCAAGAAGAAGCCAAAGCUGCCGUCCACCGGCAUUACGCACAAUCUCGACACGGACGAUCUGCGCGAUGCGUUCGGUUCGAGUUCCGACUUCCAUCAGGUGGCGAUCGAUGCGGACGAGUUUCUGGACUUUGAGCCGAAGAAGCAAAUCAAGCACUCCAAACCGGCCGGCGUAACGCAUUCAAAACCGGCCGAGGACUCCAAACCGCCCAACUUUGUGCUGCUGUCGUCACAGAACAAGGGCGGUGGCGGGGCGGGAAAGGGAACCGGCCAACGGGCACCACCUUUGGGAGGUUCAUCCAUUUCCACCAGCAAAUCGGUUGAGUAUGAGGGGUCGAAACAUUUCGAUCUCAGCAACUACUUCCAGGCGAACGGGUCACCCAGCAACCAGCAACCAGCGGCCCCACACCAGCGGCCAUCGAAACCGAUCGGGCUGGACGAUCUGAACAUACUGUCGAUUCAGAAGUCUAACUCGCACAGCUACUACGCCGGAUCGAGCCAGGGAGCGCAGUCGGGAUCGGACCGACCCGGUGGCGGUGGCUUCCAGCCGACCCGCAGGCGAGACACGCAGCACUAUCGCAGUGCCACCGGCGGUAGCCUCGAUUACACCAUGCUGGACGAAGAUGAGGAGGAAAAUUACGACGACAUUAGCGAUGUCGGUACGCGCGGCAACCGGAAGAAGAAGGAUCUGUCGGACACGACGAUAAACCAAUAGGUAGCUAGAUAGAUAGAUAGAGGUAGAUAGAGAUAGACGUGUCGCAUCACCGCACGUGCGGUUGCGUUUUACCAGUACGGUGGUUCUCUCCAACGAGCAGCAUUAGCGGUGCAUUACAGCAAAAGUAUUUCGUUUCGUGUUGCGUUCCGUGCACAUCGAUCGUUUACAUAGGAAGGAUAGUGUAUUUAUUAAACUGUUUUAAAGUUUGUCGAACAAUAAAUGUAAGAGGGAGAAAGUGUACCCAA